AUGAACCGAGUAAAAAUACGUCGUGUUUUCCCACGAAACAGAUUUUAUGUAGGAUUGUUACUGGACUGGAAAGAGAGUGUGGAUGAUCGAAAUUUCCGUUCUGUUUUAUGUCGAGCAUUAAUCAAUUUGAAAGCAUAUCCUUUGCAUAUUGCUACAUUUACAGAUCUCAAAAAUAUUCGAGGUAUUGGUGAUCAAAUAGCUCGAAAGCUUGAAGAAGCGUGGAAUGUAUUUUGCUCACAAAAUUUAGCUAUGCCAAGUUUAAAACAGAUCGAUCAGAUGAAAAAAGGGGAAUUCCUGCAAUUCCUCAAUCGUUCAAAUUUUCUAGAAAAGAAAUCUGGGCUGCCUCAAACUGAAGAAACAGUGCAUGCGGAUAGUGUUAAUCUUAUCAAAUCAAGGAAUGUUAAAUAUUUGACUCAGUGUUCAGAUGUUGAGAAUGUGAUGCCGAGUCGUAACCAUAAACGCUUUGUUAGGACAGUUCAACCAUUACAAUUAUCGAGGAGAGAAGUAAAAGUCAUUCGAAGACCUGGUGCGCUGAAUAUUAAAAUGAUAGAUUACGUAGCUGACAACACUGGACAGAUUAAUCUGGUCACCGAUGGUGAUAAAUCGGAACAAGUUUGCACUUCAUCACAGGAAUAUGAUAGCAUUAUCUACCAUCCUUCUGCAUUUAGUACUGCUCAAAUAAUAUUGAUUAUUGACAAUCGAGAAAGUGCCAAUACGAGAAAAUUCCAGCAAAUGUGCAACUUGUUCCAGAAAAAGGGGAUUUUUUACGAGAUGCGUUCGUUAUCUGUUGGUGAUUACUUAUGGAUAAUGCGUAUGUGUGACGGCACAGAGAUGGUGCUUGAUACCAUCGUUGAACGUAAGACACUUGACGAUCUACGGUCUAGUAUCGUGCAAAGAAGAUACGAAGAGCAGAAGCGACGCUUGAUAUCAGUUGGCAUUCCUAACAUAGUUUAUAUCUUGGAAGGAUCCACGGUUUCCGAGCCUGCUCUUGAACAGGCACUCGUUACUACUCACAUAGAAAAUCGAUUCUUGGUUUAUCAUACUAGCGAUGUGAAGCAUACAUCACUCGUCUUGUCUAAAAUUGCGGAACGUUUAAUCAGAAAAGUAACUGUCCAAGAGCUCUCAGGGAUGAGCUUUGAGAAAUUCCAAAAGACAUCGAAAAAAACCCAGUGCCGUAGCGUCAAAGAUGUUUUCUUGCGGCAACUUGUCGUAUGUCCACAAAUUAGCGUGCGGAAAGCAUCACUUAUUGUUGAUCGCUUCCCAUCCUUCGCAACACUCGCAGGUUUUUACGCUUCACUUCCAAAACAACACCGAGCAACAGCCCUUUCCGAAAAACUUCUGGGUAUAACCAAAGAUGCCAGCACAAAUUUAGCGAAAUUUUAUUCCGAAGUUUGA